AAGCGACCCAUGGACCCGUGCAUCUAACGUCAUCACCGUUUCGAAAAUCUGUUCUUUAGAAGUCAAACUUAACCUCGAAGUAAUCGGUACGCUGACCAUCCCAAUAUUUUUCCAUAGUAUUUCCAUCCACCGGGCCGUGUAAAUCGUCGGCAUCGGCCACACGUUUUCCCACUCACACCGCCAAAACCAAGCCCCCCCCCCCCCCCCCCCCCCCCCCCCUUUCCUAAUUCUUCUCCUCUGCAUACCUGGCCUUCCUUCCCCCCUUAUAAAUAGGAAUCAAAAACCAUUUCUCCUUUAUUUAUUUACUCCUAUAAAACAACCAAACAACUCGCACCCUUUUUGUAACGCAAAACGAAAGCUUUCAUUAUCAAUCGCUUCCCAACGAACGCCGAUCAUCAUGGCCGAAUCGCACCCAACCCUCCCUCCACAGAUGGCUAACAGCGAGGAAGAACAGAGGCUGAAAUACCUGGAAUUUGUGCAAGUGGCAACGCUGCACGCCUUGAUGUGCUUCACAAGGUUGUACGGCUAUGCCAAGGACAACUCUGGCCCUCUGAAGCCCGGCGUGGAGACUGUUGAAGGCACCGUCAAGACCGUCGUGGGUCCCGUCUAUGACAAGUUCCAUGACGUCCCCAUUGAACUCCUCAAAUUUGUCGAUCACAAGGUUGAUGUGUCUGUGAAUGAGUUGGACCGUCGGGUGCCGCCAAUCGUGAAAAAGGUAUCAACCCAAGCUCUCUCAGCCGCCCAGAAUGCUCCAUCCACGGCCCGGGCUGUGGCUUCCGAAGUCCACCGUGUCAACUUGGUGGAUACCGCCUCGGGACUCGCAAAGAACGCGUACACCAAGUAUGAACCUGUUGCCAAGGGCCUCUAUGCCACAUACGAGCCCGUGGCGGAGCAGUAUGCAGUGUCCGCCUGGCGCUCCCUCAACCGCCUCCCUCUUUUCCCCCAGGUGGCCCAAGCCAUGAUCCCAACAGCUGCUUACUGUACCGAAAAGUACAACGAUACUGUGCGCUGUACCGCGGAGAAGGGAUACAAGGUCGCGUUGUAUCUUCCAUUGGUGCCAACUGAGAAGAUUGCCAAGGUGUUUACUACCGACGAGGCUUUAACUGAACCAUUGGUUGCCACCGGAGGGCAAGGAGAGGUCACCGCUCAUUGAUCAUUUGCUGCGUCCAUCCAUAUUCCUUUCCAUUGAUGGUAAAAACUUGUCCCGACUGGUGCAAUCCAUUAGCUUUACUGGUUUCAAGCUGCUGUGUUUUUUUUUCCCAUUUUGUGGGUCGAGGAUUUAAUGUGUUGUGUUUGUUGACUCCUAAAAUACCUUGGUUACAAGGUAAUUUCUUUGUCUAUUGUGUGAAUCUUUGGUUGGUUUAUGUUUUUAUGUUUUGGUAAUCAUAUGGCCCGUUUGUUUUGAUCA